AUGCAGAUUGUUGUUCGUGAUGAAGAUGAUGGUGAUGAUGUUGAGAAUGAAGAUGAAGAUAAUGUUUACAAGGUCGAUGAGCAUGAUGAUGAGUUUGAUGAUGAUGAUGAUGAUGAUGAUCAUGAUGAUCAUUAUAACUAUGAACUGCAAAACGCCAUGCACUUCAAUGAUGAUGAAGAGGCUUCACUUCAAAGGAUGGUGAAUGAGGAUAUAGAAAGCCGAGAAACGAUGUUUGAAGUUUCUGCAUCAGGAAACCAUGCUCUUAUCAGAGAAGUAACACAGUAUGACAACAUUUUUGCUGAAGAAGAACAACAAAACAAAGAACCUGAAGAGGAAAUGGCUGAUAAAUUGGAUGGAGCAUACAAAGAAUUAGAAGACUGUUACAAUAAAAUGAGCACAUUGUUAAAACAGCUAAAGACUGAAUACCCAAACAGCCUCCUGGAGAUGAAAAUUAACAAGAAGGGGAAAAGGAGAAGGCUGAAAAAGAAAACGCCAUUAAAGAGCAAACAGUUCAUGAAAACGCCAAAGAAUUUGAAAAUGAAGAACACGGAGAGGAAGGAUGCGAAAAUGAAAAAAAAAGAAGAGGAAGAGGAAGGGGAGUGGGAAGGGAAUGGUGAAGGGGAUGGGGAGAGAGAAGGAAAAGGAGAAAGAGAAGGAGAAGGAGAAAGGAAAGGAGAAGGAGAUACAAGGGAUGGGGCAAUAGAAAAAAACGCCGAACCCUCGACUGCUACAACAGCGCCAAUAUAUGAUGAUGACGAGGAUACUACAUCAUCAGAUGAAGAUGUAAACGAAAAGGAUAUUGAGAGGUGGAGUUGUGAUUUCAAGACACUUGAAUAUCACAUUUCAAGAUACAAUGGGGAAAAAAUAAUUAAGAGAAAUAUUGCUGAGAUUUUGGAGCUGCUAAGACAAGAUCUAAAACAAAUGAUUGAUAUUAAAGAAGGUAUUGAUAAUUCAAAGAUGGUGGAUGAAGCAAUUAAAGCAAUAAAAAAACAUCUACAACCUGCUGAAGAGACCCCAAAAAUGCCUCUAUUUGAUAAGACACCAAACAUCACCACGAAAGAAACAAAAGACAGUCAGGCAUUCAACACUGAAAAAGAAAAAACUGAAGGGGAUAUGGUGAACAAAAGUGUUGACCAAGAAGGGGCAGUGUUUGAUAAAACGCCAUAUGAACAGCCACCAACUACAUCUGGCAAAAACCUCUUGAAAAGUUUUGAAGAGGAAGAGACACCCAAUAAACCCUAG